AUGAGGCUGGCUGCUCAAGCGUCCCCCCUCCCCUCCCCUCCUCGCGCAGUUUUGCCCGAUUCCGAGCAAUCUAGCAUGUUUCUUCCGAACUGUGGAUGGGAGCCCAAGAGUCCGGCUGACCUACCGGGGACGACGGUCACGGGAGACGCAUGGUACUGUCUUGGGAGGGUGUGGGAUCUUCCGAACGGCUGGGGAGAUCUUAUCUCGAUGAUGGAAACCGAGGUGCAUAUCCGUCCUGUCCUCCCAGCCUGGAGACUUCUACACACAUACACGCUCAUGCAGGUGCCCGGAUACCCCCCAAAGACCAAGACAAUGUCGAGUUGGAGCAAACCGCCUGCCGAAGCAAACAUUGGCGCACCGGCGAUGUCCCCGUACCCUAUUAUGAGUCCAAAUGCCAGCGUCCACACUGUGGACGCACACCCCUCGAGGCAAACAUACCUGUGUUCACGACACCGAAUUUCUCCAUGGUCUGAUCUUCUUUUCUUUUUCGUGUAG